GGCGGCUUUCAGUAACCAAACACCGCAACGCGACAGACUACUUCAUCUUUGCUGAAAACUGUAGUGUCAUUCAUUUUUACGUUUAUUCAUCGAUUACAUUUUAAGACUAAACUAAAUACAAUGAUGGCUCUAUUGGGAGACAAUGGGAAAGGGCAUUUGCCUGAUUACGAAGUGCAAGGAGCAAGAACAGUGAGCUUCACUCCGUAUGCCGACAACGGAGGGAGCGUAGUGGCUCUUGCAGGAGAUGACUUCUGUGUCAUUGCUGCAGAUACACGUCUCAGCACUGGAUUUUCGAUUUAUACUCGGCAACAGGACAAGUUAUUCUCAUUAUCAAAAUCCACCAUUCUAGGAUGUUCUGGUUGUUGGUGCGAUACAUUAACUUUGACUCGCCUCUUGUCCGCUCGUAUGCAGAUGUACAAGCAUGAACAUCAAAAAGAAAUGUCGACUCCAGCAACUGCACAGAUGCUUUCAACAAUGCUGUACUAUAAAAGAUUCUUUCCAUACUAUGUCAGUAACAUACUUGCUGGGUUAGAUGAAAAUGGAAAAGGAUGUAUAUAUAGUUAUGAUCCGAUUGGACAUUGCGAAAAGACUACAUACAGGGCUGGUGGCUCAGCUGGUGCCCUCUUGCAACCACUUCUCGAUAAUCAGAUUGGAUACAAGAACCAAGAAGGAGUCACACCUGCAACCUUAACUCAGGAAAAAGCUGUGGCAAUCCUAAAGGAUGUUUUUACUUCUGCAGCCGAGAGAGAUAUAUACACAGGUGAUGGAAUAACCAUCAAAAUUAUUACUAAAGAUGGAAUACAAGAUACUAGUUUUGCACUGAGAAAAGAUUAAUGGGUAAAAAAAAAUAUGGAAUCUAUGCAAAUAAAGUUAAUCGAGUAUAUUAAAAAAUUUGCCAUUGCAAUUUUCCUCUCGAUUAUUCUUUGGAGGCAGCACUGAGAAAAAGACAUGUAUUUAUAUUGAAUAUAAGGAUCGUCCGAAAGGAUGGAACAUGCUUGUAUACAUGGGAAUGUAAGUGAUACAAAUACACAGUGUUGUCUCAAGAUAGACAUUCUCUUUAUAUUCUACUUUUCAUAUAUAUGAAUAUAUUUCGUCUUUGUAUUUAAAAAAAUUGUUUUUAAUUAUCCCUGCGUACUUCUUCGUACAAUGGUGUUCAAUGAACAAAUGUUGGGUAUACUUUAUCAUAAAUUAAGAAUUUUAUUUUACCACUCAAGCAUAUUUUUCUCUUAAUAGUAGCAUUAGUAAUGUACAUUUGAAAGUCUGUAACGAAGGUAACUCUGUAAUCUUUUCUUAAUAUUAUGGUUUGUUACACCUGUA